GGCACAUUUUCUCCGUCCACCGCGGAAACCCAGCACGAAAGCCACGCGAAACGCCACCACCUGGUCGCCGCCACCGCCACCGCCACCCACACCCAGCCCAACAACCUCCUCCGCCACGCCAAGCCUCGCUGCCUUCCUGGCUUCCUGCCCCCAGCUAUAAAACCGAGCGCGAAUCGUUCCCCUUCUCCUCGUGCCCCACAAAGCACACGAGCCAGCUGAACCAAAGGCUACUCUCACCGACGACCGGCGGCCGGCGGCCGGCGGCGAGCGGCGGAGAAAGAAGGGAUCGGCGGCCAUCGUAUCCGGGAUGUCUAAGUACGUGGAGAUGCUGGACAUGGGCGUGCGCAUCGCGGCGAGGUUCCACUCGCACUGCCCGCAGACGGCGCGGAUGUACUACAAGCCGCCGCAGGGGCAGGGCCAGGCGGCGACGUCGUCGUCGGGCGCGGCCGAGGACGACGCCAGGGCCAGGAGCUCCGGCGGCCUCCGCGCGGCGCCCGUCCGGAGGCCCUUCGCGGCGGCCGCGGAUCUUGGCGCCAGCAGCGAUCGGACGGGGUUCCAGGUCCACGACUUCGACACCGCGCAGGUCGUCGUGUACGAGGUCAUAUGAGGAGGGAGGCUGCUCCGCUAGAGAGCGAGGUUUCCGGCCGGCUUUCCGCAAUUGCUGCGAGAGGUUUCUUGAGAGAUGAUGAAGAUUUUUGGAGGAGGGAAAAAUUUGUAAACGUGUACUCUAUUCUUUGAUUUGUAGUCUGCGUAGGAACAUUCACUCAACACGAAAAAAAAACCAUUCAUUGAACAAA